AAGAUUUAAUCAGUGUUACCAUAGAAUUGAUUCAUCAACUCGCUUCUCCGAGUCUCUUCAGUCGAAUUUUUCGUUAACUACAAUCCGAUAGAUAAACUUAUGUUCAAAAAAUGAGUAGCUCAACGAUUCGGUCAGAUUCAGAAGAACAAAAAAUUUUCAAAUGUCAUUCAAAAGCUGCAACUAAACAGCCAUUUUCAUUAUUGAUAAUAGGCAAUACAAACUGGAGUAGCAAAUUGGAAUAUGCUAUGGUUGACUAUCAUGAGAAUAAUCAUUCGCAUAAAAUACAAGUUAUGAAAGCAAAUAGUAUAAAAUCAAUUUUAUCUACAUCUCCCAAUAUUUAUACAGAUCUUGUUAUAAUUCUAUUGGAUGUCAGAAAGAAUGAUUGUCUUGUAGAACUGGAAUUAAAUCUAUUGUCUUUAGAACCAGCUUUGUUAUGCGGUAGAACUAUUUUGGUUAAUCCGAGAUGUGACAUUAAUCAUAAAGAUAUGGGUAUUACUUAUGAAAAUAUUGAUGUUUUGAAAAGAAAAUAUGACCUUAUUAUAAUACAUGGAAAUGUUGAUGAUUAUUUAAGUAGAAUGUUUUUAGCAAGAAGAAUAAUGGUGUUUGCUUAUAAAGUCAAUUAUAAUGGUAUACCAAAUGUAUUAGAAUUACCAGUACUAAAAAAAUAGACUAUUUUUGUGUAAAUAUUGUAUGAUAUUAAUAUUUAAUAUU